CCAGUGACAAGCAACAUCUGUCCUCUCGAGGUUAGGGUUCUUUAGAGAGAGUUUAUAUCUUAACGAACGAUCCUUUGUGGAAGCUUUAAUACUAACAUGUUUUAAAAACUCUUCGUUUUCUCUUUCUUUUCUAAACAAUUGGAAAAUUAUAAACUUAUAGAGCUUUCGAUCGUAUUAUUUGGUAGAUCGUCGCCAUUAAAACGAAUAUAUUUGUUUUCCCCUUGUUUUUAUUGUUCAAUAUCUCAUAAACUACCCUCUUUUCUUGAAACUAUAUUAAAGAAAAUUUUCAAACCAAUGGAAACAAUAUCAGUGCAACGUUCACCGGGUAAGCAGGUUUCUGGUAUGAGGCCAUUCAAGAACCCUAGAAGGAGGAGUUCUCGUGGUUCUCUUUCUAGAUCCGGAGGAUGUUUGGCACCGUCUUGGGGAUCUUCCCCUGCGUAUCCUCCGCCGCCGCCUAACUACUCGCAGCCUCCUCUUCUCCCUCUUCCACGUGUCAACAGCUCAACUCUUCCUCUACAACGCGUCAACAGUUCUCUCCCGCGUGUGUACAGCUCUACUCUUCCUUGCUCCCAGACAAGAGCAACGUCGUCUGAAACACAGCAGAAGAAAUUAGACUACGUUGAUUCUGUACCGAGACUGAUUCGAACAGGCUCGGUUCCGGUCUGGUCUAACCACCCGCGUGAUUUCCCUAAAGGAUUAAUUGAUGGUUAUCCCGGUCCAGCAAUCUUGCUACUAUCUCCUCCACCGAGCAGUUUGCCCAUGCCUAAGUUUUCGAUCAAACCGAAGCUUCGUUGCAACGCAGAAGCUGCAGGCAAAACUGACUUAGCCACCGAUAAUAUCCGGCGAGUUUUACAGCUCCGGUGAAAGGUGGUGGUGCUAUACUGCUACGUAACGUUGAUGGUAUUACUAAUAAAAUAAGCCCAUGGGCUUUUAUGGGCUUGUAUCUAUCUUAUUUUUAAAGUGAUAGAGCUCUCUCCUUUUGUGUGAUUUGCUAAGCCGUAAUAACUUUUUAAAAGGCUUUGUUGGCACAAAGUGUAGCCUUACCGGAAUAUAUUUUCUUUUAUACUGUUUCCUUUGUUUAAGAUUAUUCCCAAUAUUUCUAUAAUAUUAUUUGAAAAUUCCUA